UGUAACCAGGCUAGGGGCACUCUGGUCUGUGCCACCCUCCAAACCAGACAGACGGCAGGACGGGAAGGCAGCUGCCUUUCAGACCACCGCACAUUAUGGAGGCUCUGUACAUCCAACCUUUAGAAGAGGACGGGGUGAUGAUGAUGGAGGAGGAAUGGGAAAAAAGUGAAGAGCAUGAAGAGGGAAGAAUGGAGGCCUCGACUCCCGUGGGUUCCACCACAGACGAGGAAACAGAUGAGGACUCUGAACCAGAGCCCCCGUCGGUCAUUCGGAGGAAGGUGUCAUUUGCGGAUGCUUUUGGACUCAAUCUGGUGUCAGUAAAGGAGUUUGACAAUGCUGAAUUGACAGAACCAGAAGUUAGCCAGGCCCCUGAGAGGGAGGCAACACGUCCCUCAGAAGAGUUCUACAUGUCCUCUCUGUUUACAGUCCCCUCGUCCCCAGAGGAGUUGGACCAGAGGCUAGAGGCACAGAUGGUUGAGCUGGAAAGCAUCGAGCUCCUCCCGGGAACCACCACACUCCGUGGCAUCAUCAGGGUGGUCAACCUCAGCUACAGUAAGUCUGUUUAUGCCCGGAUAAGCCUUGACCGUUGGACAAGCUACUUUGACCUGCAGGCAGACUACGUGCCCGGAUCCAGUGAUCGGAAAACAGACAGGUUUACCUUUAAGUAUACCAUGGUUCCUCCUUUUGAGAGAGAGGGAACCAGAGUGGAGAUCUGUCUGCGUUAUGACUCUUCAGUGGGCACUUUUUGGUCCAAUAACAAAGGAAUGAACUAUGUGCUGUUCUGCCAUCAAAAAGGACAUCUAAAUGAGCAUGGGCUUCAAGUGCAAGAGGAGAGUGCCAGCUACAAGAGUAAGAGGAGCUGUCUCAAAGCUCAAAACAGGAGGGGAAGUGCAGAGGAAAAGACCAGAGAGACCAUUAACACGUCGGCAGCUGUUGUAGAAGCAGAGGGCACAGAUAGAAAGACAGAGAUACAAUCAUUACUACACCACAAAGAACUCAAACCUUUGGUGGAUAGCAUAAAAAGCAGAGACAGCGCAACGCGUUUGGCACGUACGCAGGGCUGCCUCUCCCAGAGGAAGGAGCAAGUGCCAAAGGCUUAUUCAUGUGACUUAACCAAUGGCCAGAAAGCUUCUCAGCCUUUGCCGUGGAGCGUCUCCACCAGCUUCCUCCAUAAACGUCAAAAGAAACAAUCCAAGGAAGGUCCACAGGUGCUCACCUAUCACCAGAUUCCUCUGCUUACACUGGACUGGAACAAUGACAAAGCCCAUCAGUGGGGGGCUGCUCACAUGGAUGACAUCUGGGCCGGGAGAACUAAAAUGACCUUGUCAAAACCGUCAGUGGAAAAUAUAGAAGAUACACUUUCUGUUAAUGAUAUGUGGGAGACCUUUCUGAACGGUCCAGGUGAUACCACCGAUAAAGAAACCUCGGUGUGCGAUGUAUGGCAGGCAUUUCUUAAUGGGCCGAGCUGUACGGACCAUUCUGGCGUUCCAGAGUCAGAGUGGCUGCAGACAGCAGCAUCGGUGUCUCCCUCAAAUGAUAAAGAGCCCAAAACCCAAUAUGCAGCAAGCAGUCAGGAGCAGGGAUUUCAGGUAGGCACAGAUACACCCACCACCUUACACACGUACACCUCAGCUGCAUGUCAGCUGCUGUCAGACACUCGUGAAACAUCGUUGGCUAAUGUCGCCUUGAACACUGAAGACCACCAGCCAGCAGAGGCAUGUGUCAGCCGUCCAGGAGAUGACAACGCAGCAACACAAGAUGCCUCCCAAAGGUCACAGACAAACUCCGUAACAGACACUCUACAGGAAUUUAGCCUCGAGGGGGCAACGCCUGUGUCCGGAGGCUCUGUUGACAGUUCAACUGAGUGUCACAAGCGUGCAAUGUGGGAGCGAGAAAAAGAAGGAAUAAUAGCAGGAGCAGAAGGAAUAGGAGAAGAUGAGCCCUUCACAGCACACACAGCUGACUUGGUAACAAGCUCGGGGGAGUCGGAGACAACAGACAUGACAGCAACGCCAGAGUCUCAGAAUGCCAGCGCUGUUGAUAGGAUCUCACAGGGAGCAAGGCUGGAUGAGGGUCUUUCUUCCAGCAGGGAAGGGCAGGUUACACGUACCGCACACAAUACGACAGAUGACACGCUGGCAUUUAGGGGGACAAUCAGACAGGGGACAAAGGAUGGGGAGAGGUUUGUCUUUUCCACAUCCAGACAAGAAGUGGAGGAAGGGACCAUGAAUAACUGUACGGAAAAUAAAGUAUCUACAGAAGAGAAGAUAUUUAGGCCACAGAAAACAGAAGAGUGUGAAAUCUCCCAGAGGUACGCAGAUGAAAAGCACUGUGAGGAAUUCAGGCUGAACAGAGACAGUGAAAAUCCAUUACAGGAGAAUGAGAGUGAUGAAAAUGAAAUAAGACCCGCACGCUCACAUGCAGAUGAAUUCAAUCCAAACCAAACGUGUGAGGACAAUUUCAAGCAAAGCCAAAUAACGAGAGAAUUUAAAUUGGAGGAAUCAGAGAAUGCUACAUCAAAAAAGGAAGACUUGGAAGGAUUCAAAGAGACAGUUGAGGAACCUUCGUACUGUGCAACAAGCCAAGAAACAAAGAAACUAAUAGGUGCAGAAGCGGAAACUAUCCAGGUGUUAAAUGAGGAAGCAUGGAAACACAAUGACAAUGCCUCGCAACUAAAUUCAUCACUGCAGAAGGGAAACACAUCAGUAAUGUCAGAAGCAUAUAAUAAACAGUCAUGGCUGAUCCAAGGGGAAGAGCUGCGUAUUCAGAGAGAGGUCAAAGACGCAAAACCAACAGAAAUACAGGAAAAUGUUCCACUGAAAUCCGAAAGAAGUGAACAUGUAUUAGUCUCGAAUCAGACAGACGACAGAAAAAGCUUGAGUUGUGAUGGAAUAAUUGAGGAACAACAGGAAUUAAACCAAUCCGCACAGACGAGACACACAGCGCAAUCAUUGAAAAAGGUCUUCCAAAGUGACCGUGAUGCUUUCAGAUCUCUUCCAACGGAUACAAGCAACUCAAUGGAACUGAGAUGGACUUUUUCACGGGACGAUAUGAAGGGUCAGAAAGAGGACGUAAGCCAUGAAAUAAGCCCAGAGGAAGUUUUGGCGAAGGAGAACGUUGUAAAGAAAGACACUCUAAUAGAACUUCAACACCAACCUGAGACAUUAGAGAGAACAGAAGAGGAUAUGAGUCAGAGAGACAAAGAUGAGAGGGUGAGUAUUGGAAAGCUGAAAAUAGAAGCACUGGGGGAGUUGAUGGGUAAUGUGGAGAUCCCUCGGGGAGAGAGGAAGAAUGCGCCGGCUCAAUUGAAAGAACAAGAGUUGUCAGCAGUAGUUGAGAGCUCUCCACGUGUUGAAUAUAAAAAAUUGUCAGAGGGAACAAAAGACCCUGUUACGGCAGAAAAUACUGUAGCACUUGAAAUGAUAGAGUCGGGAUUGGAGGAGAUGUUCAUAGAAAGAUUUGGAGAAGAUUUGGUCAGGAGGAUUUGGGAAGAGGUGUUCGAUCUAAAAGAACAGGCGCCUAAUACAGAUACAAAUAUUGUUGAUCGAAUGGGGCACGAGCUGGCAGAUAUACCCGUUAUUACACAAGAUUGCCAUCUUCUUUUUGAGAAAGACUUUGAUGAUGCUUUUGAUUCAGGCGUAUUUUCCUUGACAGAAUUACCAUCAGAUCCAAAUUCAAGUCUCUGUCAAGGCCUAGAGCAAAGCUUAACGACUACGAGCAAUGAAUACUCCCCAAAAGAAAGAAAUCAGCCACUAAGCACAGCAGAACAAACUCACUUUCUGUCGGAAUCACAGACUGAUUCGAAUUCGAGUGCUCAUCUCAGUCAAGAUCUCACAGCAAUUUUAGCUCCUCAGAGUAGUUUGUCCUUGACUGAAUCAGCCCAAAGCUCUGCAAAGUAUCAGGACAACUACGCUCAAAUAAAAGAAAGAUCAGUCACCCAUCAGCAGACAGGUAGACAAAUAGAAGACUGUGUAGUCGUCCACAAAGAGAGUUUUAAUCGAUCAGAUCACCCAUCUGACAAACAUCCGAGUCCCUCCUCUGAGAAAUUAAAAGAGUCAGAUCGUGUCGUAUGGUGGAGUGUGUUAUACGUCCUCAGUCACAUCACCAGACUACUAAUCUGCGCGCUCUUAGUUGCCGGAUUCUUCGUCAUCGUUUACCUGUGUGAUUUCCCAGCAUUCUUUGCGCUCUACAUAUCUUCAUCAUGCUGGUGGUUUUAUAAGUGGAAGACGCAUCGAGUGACGACAAACAAGGGGAUGGUGGGAUAGCCCGAGUGUGACGAACUGCUGAGUGUAGCAUUUUAAAAACUUCAGUACAUCACAGUCAGAUUAAGCGUAGUGUCUUCAAAAUCUUCAUAGUGUGUAUUCAGACUGGUGAGGCCACUGUGGAGAUAAUUGGCAGCUACAAAACCGGGUGCAAUAAAAUAAAAUGCUACACACAGCACUUGUGGUGUGUGUGUGUGUGUGUGUGUGCGCGCGCGUGUGUGUGUG